AUGAUUGAUUCCUCUUUUGUUUCCCUUCUCUGGCAGGUUGCUUUAUGGCUAAAGAAAAUAUAUGGGCAUCAGGCUAUUCCAGAGUACGAGGUGAAUGAAAGGACAGUGGAUAUCUUGCAUGACAUUAUGGAAUACAAUGAAGCCAACGACAGGGAUGCUUCUUUUCUGAUAGAGAACAUGAAGGAGGAGGUAACAGAGUAUGAAGAAGAAGCUAAACAUAUGCAGAACGUUCUCAUACAAAGCCUGGGUCUUAACCCAGCCAGUCUGUCCAGAGAAAGCUUCCAGUUCUUCAGUGACCUGGUAGACAGUGCAGUGACACUUGAAAUGAAGGACACGUCUCUUUCCAGUUUCUUCUGUGCCAUCAAUGAUAUGACUUCAGAGCUGUUUGAAACAGAAUCACAAAACAAAGAAAUAGCACUGAAAUUGAAGAAUAUCAGGGUAAAACUAUCUGCAGCGCUGAUGCUGGAACUGCGGUUACAGAAGGAUCUUGCAAAAGCAAAGAAAUAUCUGGAAAUACACAAUAGCAAAGCUAAAACUCGAUCCAAGAACAAGCGAUACCUGAUCAACAAAACAGGCGAUUUGAAAUGCAGGAUCAAGACUGCUGAGGAGGAGCUUAUUGCCCUGGGGUUGGACCAAGCCCUGACACACAAGGACCUAGCGAAGCAAUCUGAGGAACUGGUUGCACUGCAGAAAAAUCUUAAGCUGUUGAAGAAGAAACUGAAGUACUACCAUGAUUUACCUCCUUCUUUUUCUCUGGCACAAGUGAUGCUUGAAGAAAGAAAACAAGAACUGAAUGCCAUCGAGGAAGAGUUAAUAAGGAAGAUUCAAACUCUGUGCAUUGUGCUGACAUAG